CUCCCUUUCCUCUCCCCAACGCUCCUUUCACACACUCUCAGAAACACACACACACACACAACCUGAGCCUCCUGCUCGCCUUCACGCACUCUUAACACACUCACUCGCAGACCCGACAACCUGCGCCAUUCGGCUGCUUUACGUUGGAUUCUCCUCACUGGCAUUUUUUUUUUUUUUUGGGGUGUUGUUUUAUUUUUAUGAAUGGGAAUGAUUGGUCGAAAGACUGAUUGAUUGACAGUCAAAAAGCGGGGAAAUGCUGAGAGGUCACGCGAGGGCCGCCAGAAGUUCCCACUAGUCAGGACUGGACAAGAGGCAACCGAGGGAGCGGAGGAUGGUCCACCACAGAGAGGAAGACCGGAUCGGGAUCCCGUUCCCCAAUCACAGCAGCGAUGUCCUGUGCAGCCUGAACGAGCAGCGUCGCAACGGCCUCCUCUGCGACGUGGUCCUCGUUGUGCGCGAUCAGGAGUACCGCAGCCACCGGUCGGUGCUGGCCGCCUGCAGCCACUAUUUCAAGAAGCUCUUUACCGUGGCCAGCGGCGAGGAUGGAGGCCACCACCACAACGCCACCCCCACGCCCUCCGCAGCCAUCUACGAAAUUGACUUUGUGGCCCCGGAAUCGCUCACAGCCAUCCUGGAGUUUGCUUACACCUCCACGCUGACGGUGACGCCUUCCAAUGUCAGUGAGAUCCUGAACGCAGCGCAGAUGCUGGAGAUACCUUGCAUCAUCAACGUGUGCCUGGAGAUCCUGGACAGUGGUGGGGGAGAACGAGGAGGGUCCGAAGGGAGGGAGGAAGAGGAAGUAGAGGAAGACGAGGAAGAAGAAGAAGAGGAAGACGAGGACGGGUCGAGGAAUGAUGAUCAGGAGGAGGAUGAUGGGAGGUCGACGGAGAGCAGGGGGGAGCCUCUGGGGUUGGACGAGUUGCCGCCGGCCAGCACCUCCACCUACCAGGAGCGGUCUCCUGAUAGCGUGCGUGGAAAGGAGGAGAGUCUGGAAAACCGCGCCCUGAAGGACUUCUCCAUUGAGUCCCUUCUCCAGGACGGCUUGUACCCCCGCAUGUCUGCUCUGGACAGGAGGGCAAGCUUCUCCCCACUUCUGCCGAGCUUCUACCCCUCCACGUGGGCCGCCGACUUCCCGGCAUUUCCCCAACACUUCCUGGAACCAGGCCUCCAUCAGCGUCCUCGCACAGGCGCCAGCUCACCACGGGUUCCCACCACCUACACGACGCCGGACGCCCCACCAUCCAGGCCCCUCGAUCUGGUAGUGAAGCGGGAGAUCAUCAAAGAGGAAAUGAAAGAGGAAGUCCUGCCUGGUCUGCUCCACGGCAACUUCCUGAAGGAAUUUGUCAACUCUGGGCUCUGCAGCGCUAUGGGUUCCACUGGACCCGUGCCACCCCCAGGCCACACGCUGGGUGCGGUCAAGGACGAGGCCGACUUCCGCUCAUACCUGAGCUUCUUGAACUCUGCAUCUCACCUGGGGGCUCUCUUCCCUCCUUGGCAGCUUGAGGAGGAGAGGAAGAUGAAGCCCAAGUCUUCACAACAGUGUCCCAUCUGUAACAAGAUCAUCCAGGGAGCUGGGAAACUACCGCGACACAUGAGGACCCACACGGGGGAGAAACCUUACAUGUGCACCAUCUGUGAGGUGCGCUUCACCAGACAGGACAAGCUGAAGAUCCACAUGAGGAAGCACACGGGCGAGCGGCCGUACAUUUGCCUGCACUGCAAUUCCAAGUUUGUGCACAACUACGACCUGAAGAACCACCUUCGCAUCCACACAGGCGUGCGCCCCUACCAGUGCGAGCACUGCUACAAGAGUUUCACCCGCUCCGACCACCUGCACCGGCACCUCAAGAGGCAGAGUUGCCGCGUCUCCCGCCCGCGCCGGGGCCGUAAGCCAGCUACCUGGCGCUCCGUGCCCACCCCCGGCUACAUGUGCCCGCCAGACACCGCCGCCGCUGCAGGGGUUUUGGAGGGGAACGGUUUUAAGUCAUACCAGGACGGGGAAGAGAAGGAUGUGGCGGAGCGGCACCGGGGGUUGUUUGCCUUCACCUUGGCGGGGGAUGACAUGCUGGGCCGCUCACCCUUUUAUUCGUCCGCCUCAGACCCCUGGACCGUCAGACUGGAGCGGGGCCCGCCCAUCCCGGAGACAGCGACAUGAACAUCAAGUGCACCUAGAGACACAGAAAGAAAUCAGUGAACUUCCUAACAUUGGAUUUUCUAUUUUUAUGGGAACAUUUCAAAAACGCAUCAUAUUCAUGUCACAUUUGAAUAAGGUGCCAUUGUAAAUGAUGAAAAUAUGGUGACAACUGCACAAUGUACGCGUGGUUAGGACGUCUGCCUUGGGUUCGGGGUGGGGUUUGAAAGUUGCCUUCAGCCUUCCUGUGUGGAGUCUGCAUGUUCUUCCCACAAAUGCUUGGGGUCUCCCCCCCCCACCUCCAACCAGUACUGCAGAUUCUAAAAACAUGCACGUUAGGUUAUUCAAGACUUUAAAUUGUGCAUAGGUGUGAAUGUGAGUGUCAACGGUUGUUUGGCUAUGUCUCGAGGUCCCCAGCGAUAGGCUGACGACCAGUCUUGGGUGUACCUUACCCCUCGCCCCGAGCUUCUUGGGAUACCCUCCAGUCCACCCAUGACCUAAUUGGGAUUAGCGGUAUAAAAUAUGGAUAGAUGGAUGUUUUAAAACUCAUGGACUCUUUCUUAGCAUUGAAGACACUCUUAAAGGGCAGUGCCGUGUUCGGGUUCAGGAAAUAAAAAAAUGAUUUGUGACAAAGGUGAAUGUAACAUAACUUAUUAUUUUUAUUUGAAUCAGGACUAGCAGCAAAAUGAUACACACAAUAAACAAUUGAAGUUGACUAAAUGAGCACAACCCUCCUUCCGCUGCACUUUUGUACAUAGCACAUUUAAACGGGCGAGGAAAGCUUACUAAGACUUUGACGCUACAUGAAUGAGACAUACUGGAAGUCCAUAUUUUGUAAAUAAACCCGUCAUGCGUCUCCAGAAGGACUCUUCUCAAUCACAUUUAUUUGACUUGAAAUGGGGCCUGGGGAGGGGGGAAAAUGUUUUUGUGCUAUUUAUGUGUAUUUAAAUGAGCCUUGGCUAUAUUUUGCAGAAUGUUUUAUAAAGACAUGACAUGUUCAA